UCAGAGGCGCGCCUGGCUUUGGUGCGUGCGGGCUCGGAGGGCGCUCGGUCAUGGUGCGCUGCGGGGGCGCGUUGUGGAGGAAGACAGGGUUUCUCUGUGUAACCCUUGCUGUCCUGGAAGCCACCACCGCCUGGCUUAAUCUUCAGAUUUUUAAAGCCCAAGUAUGGAAAUUUCAUUGAUAAUGUAAGGCUCUUCACCAAGGGAGGAAGUGGUGGAAUGGGCUACCCUCGUUUAGGUGGAGAAGGCGGAAGAGGUGGCGACGUCUGGGUUGUAGCCCAUAAAAACAUGACUUUAAAGCAACUUAAAAACAAAUAUCCUCAGAAACGGUUUGUGGCUGGAGGAGGAGCAAACAGUCGAGUUAGUGCACUGAAGGGCUCCAAAGGAAAAGACUGUGAAAUCCCUGUGCCUGUGGGCAUUUCAGUAACUGAUGAAAAUGGUAAAGUUAUAGGAGAACUCAAUAAAGAAGAAGAUAGACUUCUGGUUGCUAAAGGUGGCAUUGGUGGUAAAUUACAUACAAACUUCUUGCCUUUGAAAGGCCAGAAGCAAAUAAUUCACCUUGACCUGAAAGUUAUAGCUGAUGUGGGCCUAGUAGGAUUCCCAAAUGCUGGAAAAUCUUCUUUACUAAGUCGGGUGUCCCAUGCAACUCCUGAGAUUGCAGAUUAUGCAUUUACAACACUAAAGCCUGAACUUGGAAAGAUUAUGUAUAGUGAUUUUAAACAGAUUUCAGUAGCUGAUCUCCCAGGAUUGAUAGAAGGAGCACAUAUGAACAAAGGAAUGGGCCACAAAUUCCUCAAGCAUGUAGAGAGAACCAGACAGCUGCUUUUUGUUGUUGAUAUUUCUGGAUUUCAGCUUUCUUCUGUAACUCCAUACAGAACUGCCUUUGAAACUAUAAUACUUCUCACAAAAGAGUUGGAGUUAUACAAAGAGGAACUGCAGACAAAACCCGCACUCUUGGCAGUUAAUAAGAUGGACUUGCCAGAUGCCCAGGUUAAACUUGACGAGCUGAUGGAGCAGCUCCAGCGCCCUGCAGAAUUUCUGCAUUUAUUUGAAAAAAGCAUGCUUCCAGAGAAGGCUGUGGAGUUCCAGCAUAUCAUCCCCAUCUCGGCGCUUACUGGGGAAGGGAUCGAAGAGUUGAAGAGCUGUGUGAGAAAGUCACUGGACGACCAGGACAGCAAAGACAAUGAUGCAUAUCAUAGGAAACAGUUGCUUAGUUUGUAGAUUCCCGUACAGCAUCUUAGAGUAAGCCACAUCCAAGUGUGCUGUUGCCGUUGCCACUCUAAUGUAUUGGUGGGAUACUCUUUGGUUCCAACAAAGAAGGAAAUCAUGUUAUUUGAAAGACAAAUGGGUGUGGAAUGCUUUCUGUUCAAAGAAGCCAGGCAGGCACAGCAAGACAAUUAUCACGUGAUCUCACCUUACACGUGGAAUCUUAAAAAAAACAUUGAACAAGUGGAAAUCCUGGAAACUGGUGAUUUUUUUUUUGUUUGUUUUUUGUUUUUUGUUUUUUGAGACAGGGUUUCUCUGCACUGUUUUGGAGGCUGUCCUGGAACUAGCUCUGUAGACCAGGCUGGCCUUGAACUCACAGAGAUCCGCCUGCCUCUGCCUCCCAAGUGCUGGGAUUAAAGGCGUGCGCCACCAACACCCGGCGGAAAGUGGUGAUUAUUAAGGAUGGGUAAUAAAGGGUUAAGAGAGCUGCUCAAAAGAUACAAAAUUUCAGUUACUCUAUGCAGAUCUGUUGUAUAGCUGAUUGUUUAUAGUUAGGACCCUGUGUCAUGUUUCGAAAAUUUGCAAGGAAGUGUUCUGACCACAAAAAUAUCUGAGAAAAUAUAUUUAAAUUAGCUUUAUUUUGUAUUUCAAUGCACACUGUAUAUGAUGAAGAUGCAUGAUAUUGCAGUCAUACUAAUUUGAAAGCUUUUCCACAUUUAUAAGAUAAGUCUUUAUCAGUAGGUUUCCCGAUAUAGGUGUCAUCAUUCCUCUUCCUCCUCUUCUGGUAUUAACUCAGCAAAGCAAUUUCUUUUUGCAAAAAGCAUACACAAGCCCAAACUGGGGUAGCAUGCACACCGAGACCAUCAUGUUCCUAUAUUUUAUCACUGUUGUGGGUGGUGACUGGGUCUCUUCCCAUUGGUGGGAGCUCAACUUCAUGGUCUGACUAAUGCCUGAUUGGGUCAAAGGCGACGGUUCAGUAAACACAAAUCCUCCCUGGCUAAACUACUUGGAUGUUAAAGUUUCUCACAACUACCCUGUCUUUAUUACAUUAUUUUUCAUUUUUUUCCCCCAAAUUUCGGUGUUGGCCAUUUGAAGCUUCUAGGAAGAGUAAAUGAUUCAUAUGCUCGGUGGGUGAUCUUGCCUUCCAAGAUCCUAAUCCAGGAUUCUUAAUUCCUAAUUAAAGUAUUUAUACAGUACUUAAAAGUAGAGAUUUUUGCCGGGCAUUGGGAGCCAACACCUUUAAUCCCAGCACUGGGGUGGGGGGGCAGAGGCAGGCACAUCUCUGAGUUCGAGGCUAGCCUGGUCUACAGAUCGAGUUCCAGGACAGCCUCCAAAACAAUACAGAGAAACCCUGUCUCAAAAAACAAAAACAGAUAGAGAUUUUUUUCUUUUGGUGAAAGUUGUUAUAAAAUAUGCACAUUCACUUUAAAAAAUUGUUUUAAAAAUGCAAGCAGUAUACCGGAGCACGAGGCAACUGACAUUUCUGUUUGCUGAAGCCCUCCGGUCUCCCAGAUAAGCACUGUCAGAACCUUACAUUUCUACAGGAAGUUUUGCAUUUCUAUUUUUUUACCCAAAGGAGUUCAUUGUAACUUUCUCUGACGUCUUUUUUUUCUUUUUUCCUUUUUACAAAGUAGCAGCAAGUUAAUGAGCUCUAAACAUUCCUGAGCUAAGCAUGGUGGUUUGGGCUGUAACCAUGCACUUGGCAAGAAGUGGGGAAUUCUGAAGGCCUCCUGGGCAGCUUAGGAAGUUCUAGGCUGGUCUGGACUUUGUAGUGGGACCAUGUCUCAAAAAUGUUGUUCUUUAAUAGUAUGCUUUAUUUUAGUAUUUUGUGUGUACUGGUGUUUUGCUUGCAACAAAAAUCUGCGCACCGUGUGCAUGCAGUGCCUGCAGAGGCCAGCAGAGGGCGUCGAAUGCCCUGAACUGGCACUAACCUACAGUUGUGAGCUGCCGUGUGAGCUGGAAAUCAGACCCAGGUCCUCUGCAAGAGCAGCCAGUGCUCUUAACUGCUGAGCCACCUCACCAGCCCCUCUCUUUAAUAAUACAUUUUCUCUGUUAAAAAUCACUUGAUAAUUUAGUGCUUAACAACAGUUGUAGUAAUUGACCCCUUUUUAAAAAGUGGGUUUUUAACAAUUGUGUAUUGAUUGAACUAAAGUUUCUCCUGACUUGAUAAUGUGGGUGCUUUUAUAAAUAUCCUUUCAGUUUGAUCCUAGCUUCUGUUCGCUAUGCCUACCUCUCUUCUAGUACCUGGACUGGUUCUUCCUGUGUGGCCUUUUCUUCUUUACGCAGGUACUUACUGAGCACUAUGCAGGGUGUUACACGUGGUGGGUUACAAAGAACAGACAGAUCCUGCUUUACUGCACAGCAGAAGCUGCAGGGAGCGCAUGGCCUGCCUCACAGCACGGAAGUGCAGCUGAGGGAAAGCACCAAGUUGUUACCAUUGUCCAUUGGUGCUGUUUCUCACUGACAAGCAGUGUCGGGACAGCUUCACGGGGUGAGGUCACCAGUCUGCUCUGCUCUGCUUUUGUCCUUCAUGAGGGACGUAGAUGCUGAAGAUGAGUCAUAUGCUUGUCAGUGAUGCCCAGACUACUACUAACACAAUCAUGUUCCACUUAUUAGGAUUUUCUAGUUAUUGAAGGUAUAGUCUAUUUACCCUCUUUUCAAAACAAAAGCAGAAGCCCUAGAUCUCAUAAAACAAUUGCAUGUGUGCGUGCAUGAGUGUGCCCACAUGUACACACCCAUGUGCAUGUGCAACCGUGAGGCCUUGGGUUGGACUUCUGGAGUUACAGACCUUGCAGGGUGCUAGCCUUGUUACAUUGCAUGCUGGGAUCCGAACUUUGAUCCUCAUGUUUGAAUAGCAAGCACACAUUUUAAUUGUGAGCCUAACUCUUAAUGGCCGAGCCAUCUUCCCAGCCCCCAGCAUCAUAUUCAGUUAAAGGAGAAAAUCAAAAAGCAGCUUUGUGGCUAAUUAAUUUACCUUGAAGAACAUAUUUUAGCAUUUCUUGAAAUAAAUUUUGUUCCCCUCCCAUGGCUAUUCAAGUUACCUUUCAAAAUACCUACUUUUAGAUAUUUUCCUUUUAAAUGAUAAAUAUGUGCUAGCUAUGUAAAGAGAGAUGUCUGCUUUUCAAAAGCACUAAUUUAUUUAUAACGGCAUGUGUGCCGCUGCAUACAUGUGGAGGUUAGAGGACAGGUUUAUGGCGUUUGUUUUCGUCUUACACCUUUAGAUGGGUUGCAAGGAUGAAGCUCAGGUCUCCACACAUGCAGCAAGUACUUUACCCCCUGGUCUUCUCAGUGCCCAGUCUGCUUUCAUAACACGACAGCUUGAAUCAAAGGUGCACUACCUCAGGUUUUACCCCGCUCUCCAGUAAAGUUUGUUCCCACCAAGCUCGGGUGCCGUGCAUCCAGAGAAGCGAGAGAUUCUCUUGAGGUGGUAAAUGCAAGCUAAAGAUCUCUUGAUAAACACAAAGAAGUACACAAGCACGCGAAAUAUUUUCUGAUUUGUAAGGGUAGACUGAAAGGACAGCAAAGGGUCAUUCCAUGCAAAAAUUUAUAGAAUGAAAAUACGUUAAAAGUGUUUCGGUGGUGGCGGGUGCUGCUUAGUGAUAGAACACUUGACUCAUGUACAGUGCUCUGGGUUUGACCCUCAACACCACAAAUGCUCAGUUAUAGUGAUGAAAAUAUUUCAGAGCAAUAGCAUAAACGCUUUUACUAUGGUUUUCAAAAAUUAACAGAAUACAAAUACAUAUAAGAUACCUUAUUUUAAAAAUAUGAAAAAUGUUUAAAGAAUAUAAUAAAUUUAAUGUAUACCUUUAGUUCCUAAGAGUACUGCAAAUUUGAUUUAAAUCUGACUUUACUUAUAUAGAAUAAACAAAUAGAACAAAUUUGGGAUUUUUUUUUCCGAGACAGGUUUCUCUGUGGCUUUGGAGGCUGUCCUGCAACUAGCUCUUGUAGACCAGGCUGGUCUCAAACUCACAGAGAUCCAGCUGCCUCUGCCUCCCGAGUGCUGGGAUUAAAGGCGUGAACCACUACCUCCUGGCCAAAUUUGGGAAUUUUGUCUGAGUACAAGGACUGCGCUGUUUGUCACAUGAGCUAAAAUAGUACUGUCACCAUAGGCUAUGCACUUAGACAUGGGUAUCAUCUAAAUAUUUCAGUACAUUUCCUCCUGGCCUUUUUUUUUUUUAAUGUUAACUGGGACAUAUAGGAAGGCUUUUUAAAAAUGUUCUGAGAAGCUGGGAUGGUGGCAUAUUUCUUUAAUUCCAGAGAGACUAUGAAUCAUUACGUUUGAGGCCAACCUGAUCCACCAAGUGAGUUUCGGGUCAACCAAGGCUACAUAGACUAUCUCAAAAAAAAAAUGUAAGUAAAAAAAUGUUUUUGAUGUUAUGAGUCUCAAAUAGUAUAUUUUUAAAGACAUUUGGGGAAAUAGUCUGCUUUGCAAAAUUUUAUAACUUGGGAUUAAGCCAGUGAGGUGGCUGUUGACAUCAAAUGCUGGCAGUUAAGACAUUGUACUGCAAAACCAAUGGAAAGUAAAGCAGGCUAUUAUUUUAUUUUUCCUUAAAGAGGUUAUCUUGAUUAUAUUUCUGAAUUCUGACUGUUUUCUCUUUUCUGAUUAAAAUUGGUAGUAGAGGGAGCAUACCCAUCAAAGGCUUCAUUUCUGUCUUUGUGUGGGUGUUUAAGUUGGGGAAUAGAAAGUAGGCAAUAGAAAUGGAAAGAGGGAUAGAAGAAAGAUAAUUUUGAAUGUUGAAAAUUCCUUAGGAGAAACAGGUAUGGUCAUUGCCUCUGUUGACUAUGAUUGGUAUGAAAAAGGCAGCGGUGAUCUUAGCUACUAUUUCUAAUCAUAGCCACCCACUCAUUUGGGGCAAAUUAUAAUUUUAAAUGUUUUCACCAUGUGACAGUUUAUUAAUAAUUAUCAGAUACUUGGAAGACUGUAGAGGAAGUUAUCUUCUUUGUACAUACCAUUAAAGUAUCUACAAUAGAAAUUAAGUCUUUGGGAUGCUCAGAUACCAAGCUGGUGAAACAUAGCUACUGUCUGAGUCAUGACCUUUGAAAUACUUGGAAUUUGAAGAACAGGAUAUGUGGUUUAUAUUAUAACUAAUUUUGAAGCAAUAUAUGACAAAGUAUUUUUCCCAUUUGUUUUCUAAACUCUGAGAGUGUUCAAAGUUGAAAGCAAAGGACAAAAGCUUCCUUUGUUCAUGACCUCAUAUUCCAUGUGGUUUGCUGAAGUUGCCAGUGUUUUCUAGUCAAUGCCUUUAUUUCUUUGUUGGUUAUCAAACAUUAUUUUGGCAUUAUUUCUAUAUAAAAAGACUUGAAAAGACUGGUUUAAUUUUAUUGUAUUGAGCAAGAAGACAUAAUUAUACAGCUAAAGUAUACCUUUAUUUCUAUUUGUAUAUGAUUUGCUACGAAUUGCAGGCAGGAUAUGGAGACUGUUUUAAGUCAAGGACAGAUGUUGAGUAAAAGCUUCUGACUGGAAGGAUUUGAAACAUGAUUAAAUAAAAUAGCAGAAGCCCCUAGUCAGUUGCAUUGUAAUAGGGGAAACAAGAGUACUAUAUAAUAAUUGAACCUCGGUUUCAAAAACAGAUCUUUCCCAGAAGUGGUACCAUUUGUCAUCAAGAAUAGUAAGAACUGGAUGAUGAACACAGAUGGACUUUCCUGUGAAACAUAGACCAUAAAAGCUAAUCUAUUUCAAAGAACCAAAGAACCAUUCAUGUUCUAAUUCCAAAUUAUAUAUUCCUUCAAAAGUCUAAGGCACAUGUUUCUCUUUAAAAAAAAAAAAAAGACUGGGGCAGGAGGUAGUAGUGGAGUCAUCAUGGUUACACUAAAAGGUGUACAAACCAGAAAACAGGUACAGGCAAAGCCUCUAGACAAACUUGAGUAGCAUCCGCUGUCCCUCCUCUCCUCAGGUGGUGACUUUGUUACAGAGUGGAAGUGUGCUGCAGUGUGAUAACAGCUCUUUAGCCCCAGCUAGUUGGGAGGCGUGGGAGGAAAGGUAACAGUGUUCAGUCUGGGCUACAUAGAACCCUGACUAAAGAAUGAAUGAAUGCCAUUGUUUUUAAGGCCGGGGAUAUCGUUCAGUGGCUGAGUGCUUAGCAUGUGUGAGACUAUAGGUUCAAUCCCCAAUAUUAUAUCUACAUACAAUGAAACAUGCUACCAUACUUCCUAUUAUGGACUGUACUAUGGAUUCCUAACAGUUUUUGAAAAUACACCAAAAGACAGUUUUCUCUUU